GUAGAGAGAGAGAGAGAGAGAGAGAUUCUGUUGGAUAAUGCGCGAAGCAGCAGUGCUGGGACGAGGCCGAGAAGGUCAACGACGCCGUCUGGAACAUCGCGUUCCGCAAGCUCGUCGGCUGCCCCAGGUGCCUCUGCCACGAUUGCGAUCACCUCGUGCCUUACUAAAAGGACAUCAUAAGGUGCCAGGCUUGACAUAAGGGGCCAUAGAAACGAUAGGAUUUUCACUAUUCUGGAUUCAAGAAGGAACAUCAAAAAAAUGGCAGAUGCAAUAAGGAGCUUCAUCAUCGCCAAUCCGACGCACCUUCACGGUCACAUCCUGAAGAGAAGAUUGGACAUGAACCCAUCUUCAAGACUGCUUGAAAUGAGGAGGAGCAAAAGGGCCUCUCUUUGUAAAGUGAAUGCCUUCCCAGAUUGGACUCUGAUGGCAGUUCUAGUCGAGCAGGCUGAAGGCCAGAGGGAAUUCAUUACCAACAAGUCAAUAUGGCACCUUAGUGAUAAAGCCCUGAAGAGUGUUUAUACUUUCUACAUCAUGUUCACUUGUUGGGGAUGCUUGUUCUUUGGCUCCACAAAAGAUCCAUACUAUGAUUUGGAAGAAUACAGGAAAGAUGGAGGAGAUGGUACUGGUCACUGGGUUUAUGAAAAGCAAGAAGACAUUGAAGAAUCAACCAGAGCAGAGCUAUGGCGUGAGGAGCUGAUCGAGGAAUUUGAACAAAAAGGGCUUCGAGAGCUGGAAGAAGCUGGAAGAAUAUAGGAGCUGUAAUCUGAGUUUCCCAGCAUGACAUACUCCAAAUCCAGUCAUAGCGAUUCCUUUUAAAUUCACACCUUGCAGAUAUCAUUGUAUAUAUUGUUUGCUCUUUGGAUGGUCAAUGAGUAUACUACAAAGAUCACGAUCAGCAGCA